CACAGUAACAUAACUUGUUGUGUUGCUAAUAUUUUUGUUUUUCUAACAUUUAUGUAUUAUAUCAGGCCAGUUUGAUACGGCAGAGGUGUGACUGUACGAAAUUAAAAAACAGCUUGUGUGCACGUGUGUUCAUGUGAUGGCACGAGCUCCGCCCAAGUGUUUUGGUUCCGCUGUCAUGUGACAGGCUGCUAUUUUAUUUUAUUUUUUGUUGUUGCCAGAAUGAGUUCUAAUAAUCAUAAUAAUACCGACCUGUGCUCCUGCUCUGUCUCAUAAAUUAGUACAAUUUAUUACAAGUGUAUUUUAUUCGCUACUAGUCCCUGCUUAAAUUAUCUAUGCCGUAGAUAAUAUUAUUUUGAAAGUUCGAAGCGGAAAUCGUGUUAGUAGUGGUCUUUCUUGACAACGACUGGGGAUGAGCCGUCUCCCUCCUUAUCGGUAGAUAAAGAUGGAUUCGCCAGAAAACCCGUCCGGUCAGGUAGUCGGUGUGGAGCAAGAUGCUACACCGACCCCCGUGGAUGUGGACACCGCGGUUUUGCUGCUGGGAGCGGGAGUAACGGCCAUCACACACCCGCUGCUAUAUGUGAAGCUGCUAAUACAGGUGGGACAUGAACCUCUUCCCCCAACUGUGGGAACAACCAUGUUCGGACGAAGAGUCUUAUACCUGCCUGGCUUCUUCUCCUAUGCACAGCACAUUGUGAAAGUGGAUGGAAGAAGAGGGCUCUUCCGCGGCCUCUCACCUCGAAUCGUGUCUAGUACCAUCUCCACUGUUGUCAGGAGCAAAGUUAAACAGCAGGUGGAGGUUUUCUCCAAGAGAGAUGACCUGCAGACUUCACUCAGGAAAGUCGUCAGAGAGACCUCACAUGAGAUGAUCAUCCAGUGCCUGUCCAGAGUAGCCACUCAUCCUUUUCAUGUGAUGUCAGUGCGGUGUAUGGCCCAGUUUGUUGGCAGGGAGCUCAAGUAUGGGGGGAUUUUCAGCUGCAUUGUCAAGAUUUUUAAGGAGGAGGGACUUGCUGGAUUCUAUGUUGGUCUCGUACCUCAUGUGGUGGGAGAGGUCCUCUUUCUGUGGUGUUGUAACCUCCUGGCCCACUUUAUUAACACCUACGCUGUGGACGAAAAUUUCAGUCAGGCCUCAGCAGUAAGAAGCUACACUAAGUUUGUGAUGGGUAUUGCAGUGAGUGUUUUGACAUACCCAUUCAUGCUUGUGGCUGAUCUCAUGGCAGUCAACAACUGUGGCUUGGCUGCAGGUCUUCCUCCUCACUCUCCCAUCUUCAAGUCAUGGCUGCACUGCUGGAAUCACCUGAGCCACAAAGGUCACCUCUUCAGAGGAUCCAGCUUCUUUUUCCGUCGGGUGCCUGUGACCUCCCAGCCCUGCAUUGAGGACUGACAUCAUUUUCAUCAUCCUCCUCAUCCUGCUCCCAAACAUUUUCCAAAGACACCACCCUCCUGCCUGUCAGCCUCUGCUGCUGUCCGCUACACAGAGACUCAGCUGACAGAGUGCCAAUGAACUUUUCCUUCCAGGAGCUUUAGUGGAGUUCAGUGGGCUCACCACAGAGGUGUCUCUCUCACAAUGGAUUCAUUCAGCUGUUUGAAUCAAUUCAGCAACUAUAGCAUGGUUUUGUUCUUGACUGCAGUGACCAGAUGUUGGGAAUGUGCUCCAACUCUGAUUCAUGGCUACUUCUCUGUAGCAACAGCUGCUGAGGCUCAUGGGUACUGCAGUCAUUAAUGCUGUCACACAAACCAAACAUUUACAGCUGAUGGCCAUGACUCAUAUAUUGCUGUAUUCUGUGUCUGUGUUGAAGGGCAUUAAGUUUAACCCUUAAAGGACCAAUUCACCAAUUCACUUCUAAUCCCUUAAAGUUAACAUGACAGCUAACCAUGAGGCAAAACAUGUUCUGUGUUUUGCAAGCAUUAAUGUUUUUUUUAUUGAGCAAGCCAGGCAGCCGUAGAUAUCAGAGCAGAGUUUUUAAAUCAGUCAGCACUGAAGCUGCAUGACUAUGCAAAAAUAAUGUCCCACUGACAAAAGUUAAUACAGGCUUGAUGUCCACUGGGUUGGAUCACACAUGUGAAGAGUGUUUCACAAGAAGUCAUACAUGAAGUACACGUCAUUUGUAAUUAGGAGCUACAAUUUGCGUACAGUAUAAGUACACACUGGUAUUGUUCUUUUAAAGUGAGAUGAUGUAACUUUUGCUAAGUCAUGGCCACAAAUGUUGUUGUUGUUCUUAAUUUUUCGAGGUAGUUGUUUGAAAGACAUCAUUAUGAGGAGAUGUGUCAAACUAGGGACAUCAGAGGUCCUUUUCAUCAUGCUAACUUUGGCCCCACAAGGAAACUCCCAGCUGGGAGCACUUUGGAGGCACAGCAAUUUUUCAGCUGAGAUGUUUUGGCUGCAUCUUGUUGCUAGGUUUUUGAAGAUCUGUGGAAGUAAAAAUGUCAGCACAAGGUAGAGUACUCACUCUGGAUGAAGGCAAGGCUACAUCUGCAGGAAGAGAGGACAACGAUGCUGGUCUUUGAGAAGAAACAUAUAUGAAUAUGUAUACAGUAUAUUAACAUAUAUAUAUAUAUAUAUAUAUAUAUAUAUAUAUAUAUAUAUAUAUAUGGCCGACUGUGCUUCUUUGUUUUGUCAGUGUCAGUGUUUGAGUUUGUGAAUUAUGUGUGCCUAAACUCUUACUGUCUUCAAUCCUUGUUUUAAACUUUCUUCUAACACAGAGUUAAAUGUUCAAGUCCUACUUUGCAAGAAGAACUUUAUCUUUAUUCUUUGAGAAAUAUGUUUGUAACUGGUUGGCAUUUCAACAUAAGCAAGGUGAGACAAACUAGUAGGAUCCAACUUCAUGUUAAUAUUAAACCCUAGUUGUAGGGGGUGAUUUUGUGUCCUAUGUGUCCUAAUGUGAGCUUGUUCAACAGGCUAACAUCACCUGCCUUUACCUAAUGUCACCUAUAUCUGUUCAGUAUUUCUUUCACACCAACACACUACAGCAAACAGUAGCUACCUGACAAACAACAUCAAGAGAAGAUAAACCUUUAUUGAUCCCCAGCAGGAAAUUGGGUUGUUGCAGCCAUACAAAGACAGCAAUAGUACAGCUUGAUAUAUAGAGCUAUAUAAACUAAACUAAAAUAAGAACAGAUUAUUUAGUAGUAAUAAACUAGUAUCACUGCCCUGCAGUUGUAUGGCCUCAGGCACCAGUCAGGUUUCUUUUACAGUUAACAUCCAUGUCUGUGUGAACAUGGAUGCUUCACACACAUUGUCCCCCCGACAGCAGAGAAGAUCUAUACAAUCAGCACAGUUUCAAGAUAAGUGUCACCAAUUCAGUAUCUGACCAAAUAUUUCCCCUUCUGUUCCUGGGAUACGAUGUCAAAUAAUGGCCAGAAAAAGUGUUUUAUGCAGAACAUUAUGAUGUCUGACCUUUGACCUUUUGGAUAUAAAAUGUUGUAUCGUCAUCAUUUUAUCUUAUUAGACAUUUGUGUUUUUGAGAUACUGUAUUCAUGAGAAUGAGACGGAUGCAAGGUCACACUUACCUUGACCUUUGACCACCACCAUGAAUACAUUUUGAGUCCAACUGAAUGUUUGUGCCAAACUUGAAGAAACUCCCUCAAGGUAGUCUUAAGAUAACACGUUCACAAAAAUAAGACAGAUGAGGACACUUAGACCUUGACCUUUGACCAUCAAAAUAGAAUCAGUUCAUCCUCAAGUCCAAGUGAACAUUUGUGCAAAAUUUUUAAAAAAAAAUUCCUUCUAGGUAUUCUUAAGAUAUUGCAUUCACAAGAAUGGAACGUACAGACAACCUGAAAACAUAACACCUCCUGCCACAGCUAUUGCGCAGAGGCAUAAAAAAUGACUAUACAUAUGAAAUAACUAUACAAGAAUACAUGGAGACAAAAACUUCAAGUAAAGUGACAGUGGUGAUUAAUAGAGUCAGCAGGUCUACAGACGUGUUAACAGUGUACAUCAGACUAAUGACAUGAUUAAAUAAUGGCUCUCAGUGUUUGUAUUAAUACUGAGAUGUAAUAUAAAUAUAAUAUAGAAUAUGAUGCAGAAAUCAAAAUAUAUUAAGAGAGCAUAUCUGGUUGGGACAAAUAUUCAGAUGAAACGAGUAGCCAAUAUGGAUAAUGAAACUCUUACAAAUACGAGAAUCAUCCGAACACGUGUCAGCAUCCAUACUGGGAAAAUCCUCAUUUGGGUAUCUGUGCUCAGUCUCUUACUCUGAUCAGAAUUGAUCUGAAGCUCAAUCCUUGUGCUGUUCUGUAAAAAGUUUUCAUAUCAAUACGACACAAAGCAACUUCUAAUCUACCCUAAUCCAGUUAAAAUAACUUCUGAUUAUGUCCCACCUAUUUCUGGUUUCAGCUCCACCCACUUCCAGUUUAAACUCCACUCACUCUUGAGCCUGGAUAUGGAUACAGAGAAUUUACUGUGCGUUCCAAUCCCAAUACUACCAUACUAUACAGUAUGCCAGGAAAAGAUUUAGUAUGUCCCAAUAUUACCAGGGUGUUCUACUACAUCCGAUCCGAUAUUGCUGUAUUCGAGCCAGCAUGCUUGUCUAACAACAAAAGGCCAUAAGUAUAAAAUAGCAAUGACAGAGAAAUGCAUAGCCUAUGUAAUUUUACUAUAAUGAAUAUAAUAUGUUAGAAUCCUCAAUGUAUGCAGUUAUUACCUAUUGCAAAAUAACAACAGCAGAGCUUUCCUGUUUGACCUCCGUCUCUGGCGAGCUUGGUGACUGGCAUGUUGUUUUAUCCCCAUGGUAACAGCUACAGUGGUGUGAAAAAGUGUU